AUGAGCUAAUCAAUUCAAAAAUAAUAAUUGCACAUCCUUUCUAAAUCAAAGUUAUCUAGAAUAAAAAAUGAAAUUCAAGAAUAAAGUAUCUUUAAAUCUUUCAUAUAAUUGCAUACUCAAUAAAGGGCUAAUUAUCAUAAAGACAUACGUGAUUAAUAAUUAAAAUAAAAAAAGGAGUUCGAAAGAUUAUGUCAAUCCUUAAAAAAAAAUGAUGUGUCGAUACGGUUUAACAAAAAACGAUAAUCAUAAUCUGUUUAAUUAAGUCCAUCAAUAAAAGUAUCGUUUUAAACACCUUUGUUAAAGAAAGCACAUCGAAAAUUUUAAAAAACCCCAUUUCCUAAACAAUGA